CAGCGAAAGAAAGACUGGGGCGAGGAAAAGAGAACUGCUGUGUGCUCCAGUCCCCACAUUUCGUUUGCAGACAUGUUUUGAGCGAGAACGCGUCCACUAUUUUCUGCAGUUGCAGACCAGCAACGAGCAACGGUUCCCCGAUUAUUCUCCUUGCAGUUUUUGCUUCGGCUCCCCUUGCAUUUAGAUUUCGCGAGUGAUCGGUUCCUUUCAUACCAAAUUGUGCUUUCUUUGAUCUCAGCGAGUAUUAACGACGAUAAGUAAUGUCCCCUCCAUCGUUGACAAAGCGUGGCUUUUACUCGCCUGGUUCUCCGGCUGAUGUUCCAUCACCGGACGGCUCUAACGAUUCGGCCAUUGAAAGUUGCUAUAGUGGCACACCACCCCCGUCGGAAAAUGUUCCUGCACCACGGAAACGCAAGGCCGUGGACAAAGAAAGCGAACAGUACAAAGCUCGUCGUGAAAGAAACAACGAAGCUGUUCGGAAAAGUCGUGCCAAAAGCAAACUCAAGCGCCUGCAGACAGAUACGCAGCUGAAGCAAUUGCAGAGCGAUAAGUCCCGCUUGGAGCUGCAAGUGGAGAUGCUGCAGAAGGAGCUACAUUUGAUUCGCUCCUGGGUGGGCCAGCAGCCCAAGAUGGAGCCCGGGGAAGCGGAGGCCGCGCAAACCGGAGGCGGUACUGUGUCUGCCAUCUCGCCAAAGCACGCCAAAUGAAAGUGUAUUUGUAUAUAACUGCUGCUGGGCAUCGUCGGUGGUUCGUAUUAAAUCAUUUUCCUUUGGAUUUCACAGUUUAUGGAAGCGCCGUUUUCGCCUUAGGUUUUCUUUUUUACAAAAAUGCAAACUGCGCGCUGCAUGUUUGAGUCUCCUUUGGGAUUGUACUUUCAUCAUUGUGAUUUCGUCCGCAUUACACACCGUUUCUUCUUUCAUUACGCCGCCACUGUGCCGCUUUUUUGUUUUAUGGAUUUUUUUAAAAACAGUCUCUCUUUUUCUGUUUGUACGGGCCGUAUUUUUUGAUUGUCAGUGGAUCGUGUUUGCGCAAUAUGGCUGCAGUUGUUAUCUGUGUGUUGAUUGAGCACGGCUGAUGUUUGGAGUGUGCUGGUCCGAAGUGUUAUCCGUCAAAAGACCGUUUGAUAAGAUUUCCGAUGGACUGCGCACCUGGUUGAGCGUGCAUUGCACUGCAGUCGUGUUGGCAGCUUGGCACGUCCAUUAAUCUGCUGGUUUAUAUGCGCCAACGAUUGGAAAAGCGGUCAGAACGUUCCUUUCCUGUGAUCAUCAUAAUGAAAAAGAUCUUAAAAAGAGUUUACGCCCCAUUGUUUUCCUGUGGAUCGACGAUUUCAGCAGUAGCAAGGGUGGUUUUUGUUGUUUUAUUGUCAGUAUAGAAUUUUUCUUCACCGUUCUGCAUCGCAAUGGAGGCCCGUUACUCGCCAUUCGCACAAGAUACGUUUUCUCUCGGUUUACGUUUGGAUUAAACGCAGUAAUGUGUUCGCCAGUUUUCCUAUUGUUUGUCAGUUCUAUUGAACGGUGUAUUUUCUGGAUAAUUAAUGCGUUUAAUUGUUCGGAUCUAUCCAAACGUGAACCUUGCAUUUUUGUUCUUUAGCGAAAACUGCCAAAAAAACCAAAAAUGUUCCUGUAAAUACGAAAAAAUAAAGUGAUACUAUAAUA